AUGGGAGAACGGGCUGGUAAUCAGUCAUCACGACGGGCGGCGAACGCCCAGAAUUCAUCAGAGGAAGACGAGGACGAGGACGAGGACGAGGAUUCUGAAGACGACCGGUCAAACGGAAGUAGCAGGUCCAGGAGGCUAGAAGAGGCGUUGUUCGAGUCUGCAAUGGCAAGAAUACGACAGGCCAGGGCUCAAGGGAGAGUCGACGUUGACUUGACACGGGCAGAGCUGGAGGCUGUCAAUCGCAUGACAGAGCGCAAGCGUAGAGAAGCAGAGCGGCGGAGGAGAGAGGAACAACAGCAGCAACGAGUAUCGAUCCCGAUAUCUCAAUUGGAUCCAUCUAGUUUUGAGGAUCUGCUGGAGGACGAAUCUUCGUCGCGACAACCAUCUCCUCCUCACCUCGAUGAUCGACAAGGCUACCCGCCAGUCGGUUAUUUCCCGGCCCCCAAAGGCCGCCAGCGCUCGUCCACCACGUCGUCGCGAGCUACUGCUGCACGUGGCCGCAUUCCAUACGAUCGUGAUAUCUCACCCGAUACGUACUCUGCGACUACUCGGCCAGGGUCCCGCCGUGAGGAUACUUCACCAUUCAGAUAUUCUUACGUCUCGCAGAAUCACCCGCCGCAAGCGAUUCGGCACUCAUCUGACCCCAACCGCGUCCGUGGCUCACGCGUGCCAUCUCCUCGGGACCCAGAUGAAAUGCUUCAUUUGUCAAACACAUCGGCGCCUUCACUGCAUGGAUCAAACGUCGACCCAUUCCAGUACAUGUCGCCCGCGUCCGCAGGUCCGCGCGCGCCACCAUUGGGCGCUGCGGCUGCGGCGCGCCGGCGUAUUUCUGUCUCCAACCCGACCCCUGCUGCAGCUGGGGGCCGAAGCCGGGGUGGUUCCAGACGGGUCAGUCCAGACGCGACCGAAGAGUCGAGUGGAGACGACACAGCAAGCGACGACUAUAGCCAUGGGGCUCGUGUAGCACCGCCGGUAACGAGGCGAGCUGCUCGCGAGCCGCCUGUGAUCGUCGAGGAAACCCGCGUUGCGACCCCUGAGCCGCGACGCUCGAGUCGAUCCAAGGCAUCAAGCAAGUCGCCUGCGAAACGGAAGCCGACUGGUAGUAGCAGCAAUACUACCAGCAGCAGUAGUCGCAGCAAGAAGAAGCGGUGA